CUUGCAGCGGCUGCUUCCCACUGGGGGUCUUCUUCAGGAGGGUCUUCUUCAGGAGAGCAUCGCACUCCCAUGUGCUGGAUGUUCAGAUCGCGCCGUGCGCCUCGCCAGGAGCCACCAUGUCCAACCCGCCCCAGGACCCGUUCUACUCGUCCCCCUUCGGACCCUUCUACCGGAGACACUCGCCCUACAUGGUCCAGCCCGAGUACCGGAUCUACGAGAUGAACAAGCGGCUGCAGGCGCGCACAGAGGAAAGUGACAGUUUGUGGUGGGACGCUUUCGCCACCGAGUUUUUUGAGGAGGACGCGACUCUCACGCUCUCCUUCUGCCUGGAAGACGGACCAAAGAGAUACACGAUCGGCCGGACGCUGAUCCCACGAUACUUCAGCACGGUGUUCGAGGGGGGGGUCAGCGAGCUCCACUACAUCCUCAAACACUCCAAGGAGUCCUUCCACAACUCCUGCAUCACCCUGGACUGUGAUCAGUGCACCAUGGUCACCCAGCACGGGAAGCCAAUGUUUACAAAGGUUUGCACGGAAGGCCGGAUGAUUCUGGAGUUUGCCUUUGACGAUCUGAUGAGGAUCAAGUCGUGGCACUUCACCAUCCGGCAGUACCGGGAGCUCAUCCCUCGCAGCAUCCUGGCCAUGCACGCACAAGACCCUCAGGUGCUGGAACAACUGUCCAAAAACAUCACUCGCAUGGGUUUGACCAACUUCACCCUCAACUACCUCAGGUUGUGUGUCAUCCUGGAGCCCAUGCAGGAGCUCAUGUCACGGCACAAGACCUACAACCUCAGCCCCCGGGACUGUCUCAAGACCUGCUUAUUCCAAAAAUGGCAGAGAAUGGUCGCCCCACCAGCUCCGGUUUCAGCUGGACACCCACAGAACUUCAAAACGGAAAUAUUUCCCACAAAUCACAAAAAAGGUCGCGCCAAGGCUGAGCCCGCCCGACAGACGACCACGAAGAGGAGGAAACGGAAGAACUCGGCCAGCAGCGCCAACAGCAGCGUGGGCACCACCGCCAGCAAGAAGCGCAGCCCGGCCACCAACUUCAGCCUCUCCAGUCAGGUACCUGACGUGAUGGUGGUGGGCGAGCCGACCCUGAUGGGCGGCGAGUUCGGGGACGAGGAUGAGCGUCUGAUCACCCGUCUGGAGAACACGCAGUACGACGCCACCAACGGCCUGGACGACGAGGACGACUUCAACGGCUCCCCGGCGCUCGGCAACAACGGCCCCUGGAGCAGCAAACCCCCCCCCUCCCAGGACAGCAAGCCCGAGAGCACGGCGCCGCAGCCCUCCCAGUAAAACCACAGAAGAAGAAAGCAACAGAUGGACUUUUUAAACCUCUCCCCCCCCAUUCCCCCUUUGGGCAGUGCUUCUAUACGCCUCACAACAUUUUACAGAAUCAAACCCCCAACCCCCCCUACUGUCUGCAAACUCAACAAUCUGUCCAUCCUGGAUAUUUUCUUCUUCUAUGAAUCACUGAAACAUCUGGGAGAACACGGAGAACUGGCGGCGUUGCACAGCAGAAUCCACAGACAUGAAAUGCAUACAGAGAAACUCAAAAAAAUCACAAAAAUACAUUUUGUUUCUCGAGAAUGCAGUGGAGGAUUCCAGAUCAAACCCCCCCACCCCCCUUGCUCCAAGCCUCUCGUCUAGUGGAAUACCACGGCUGUGAUUGGUUGACCCGCAGGUCGCAAGUCAUCACGCCGUCAAUAGACAGUGAAAAGAAAAGAGGAGGAGCAAAAAAACAACAAACAAAAUGUCUCAACAAAAAAAAAGAAGAAGACAUAGCGAGCUCAACGUGAAGAAGAAGUUUUCUAACCGGAGCAAAACACUGUCUGAGGCAAAUUAGCUUUUUCUCAUUGAGAAAUUCACGCGGCUGUUUGGUUUGUUUUCUGCUGUUGCUGUUUAUUUCCAUUUCCAAUUAAGAGGAAAUAAAAAAGUUCUCAACCGCUCUUGACUCCCUUUUUACAAACGAGGGGAAAAGUCACGUCCCCGGAUUGUUUCUCCUCCGCUCGGCUGCGGUCGUCACAGAUUGUGAUUUCAUGCAAACCAGUUUGAUUGUGUUCGUAGUCUAUUGGUAUUUUUGCUUCUCUCAGAAUCCUUUGCAAUCACGUUGUAAUUUUGCCGAUCAGUAUGUGAACUUUGCCGACACGCGUUGAUGCAUUAAUGUUGAUUUUUUUUUUGUUUUGUCUCUCUCUCUCUCUCUCUCUCUCUUCCCUCCCCUCCUCCAAAAUUGGACUUGGUUCCCUUUAACGACCAACUCCCAAACUGAUACUAAAGCCUUUUUCCUGCAUGAUUUUAUAGGAUUUUUAUUUUUGUUUGAUAUAUGUACUUUUUAAAAAAUGCAUCAGUCUGAUUUUCCUUUUUUGGGUUCAUCAGUUUGGGAACACUGUUACAAAGGUUUGUAGCUCUGUAAAUAGAAGUGGAGUCUCUUUCGUCCACUGUAAAUCAGCCCCCUGAAACCAGUUUGGAUAUGGCAGCUGUUUUUGUUUUUGUACAGGAGGUUCAGAUUUCUGUUGGGUGGUUUGGAUGGACGCUGGUUUGCCUCUGUCAAAAAAAUAAAACUCUUAAAUCCCUCCCCCCCUGUUCCUCUUUAGCUAGUGCAGAACCAAAGCCACAAAUUUACUAAACAACCACACAGUCACACAUUCAUGUUUUCCUGUAUAUUCUGUGACAUAAGUGAAGAAUUUUACAUUUUAAAAACAGCGCACAGGUAAAGUCCCAUCCACCCCACAGAAGUGACCCCCCCGUGUUUUGUGUUCACGAUUGUUCUUUAAUCUUUGAAUUGAAUUGAUACUAUAUCCCUGAUCUCUUUUGUUGGACUUUUGUUUGAAAAAUGGGCAAGAAGGCAACAGCGGACGUCUUUAUACAAUUGGAUCUUAUGGGUAUUUAUUUGUGCAUUUGUAAGGAAGCUAACACAUUUCUAAAUAUGUUUGAGCCUAGUAUUAUUAGACACCAUUUGUACAUUAUAUAGCAGAGGUGUUCAGUGUCAUAUCUGAUGUCUGGUAUGUAUGCUUUACCAUUAUGUGUGCCAAUAAACCGUGCUUACAAAAGGA